GAGUCCAUCAACAUCAUCAUCAGUAGCAAGGAGGUGGUUGUUGUGGUGGUGCAUGGCGGCGGCGGCGGCAGCGGUGGUGGGGGCCGCAGGGGAGGUGGUGGUGGGGGGAGGAGGAAGCCUGCCCGCCCGCCCCCUGCCACAACGCCCUGCCGCGGCCCUGGCGAGGGUGUUGGCGCCCGUCGUAAGGCAUAGGAUGGAGGAGGAGGAGGAGGGACUACUGGAGGAGCUACUGGAGGAGGAGGGAGGCUUGAUCGGGGGCGCCGGGCCAGUGGAGGUGCUAGAUGCCGCUGGAAAGAGGGAAUUUGACGACUACGGGCACAUGAGGUUUGGCAAGCGUGGUUCAGCGAGCGACGACUACCAGGACGACUAUGGCCACUUGAGGUUCGGCAGGAGCUCUCACCACACGACCCACCGCCACACCACCACCACCAACAACAACAACAACAACUACCACCAUCGUCGGUUUAACGCUCUGCAAAAUGGUGGUAAAAUGUAAAGGGAUUUUAGGUUUGUUUCCCCUUCUUCGUUUUCUUUUUCCCCGUUUUCUGUUUGAUUGUUUAAGUUUUUUUUUUAUCUUUUUCUUUCUCUCUCUCUCUCUUUCUCUCUCUUUAUUGAUGUUUUAAAUUAAUCUCCUAUUUCGGUUUGACUCUGCAGAUAAAUAGUUUAAUUUAAGCUUGUUUCC